AUGAUAGACGACCCGUUGACGAAAGGAUCUGACCCUAGCUCAAAAGUCGUGGGUCGAGCUCAAGGGAUGUAUGGAUUUUCAGGUCAAGAUGAUCUAUCUUUAAUAGCAGUGGUAAGUUAUGUUUUCACUGAUGAGAAGCUUAAAAACGGGAGCAGUCUCGGUGUUGUUUCCAGUAACCCGAUACUAAUAAACCGCGUUCGAGAAUUAGCGGUUGUUGGGGGAACUGGGUCAUUUUGCUUUGCUAGUGAAUUUGCACAAAUUAAGACCCUUUUCUUCAAUCUUACAACUGGAGAUACCAUUGUCGAAUAUAAUAAAUUACUUGUAGCAACUCCUGUGGUAUGGAUCUAUAAUGAUGCACAAACAGAGGAGUAUACACAAAUGUAA